AUGUCUUUGGAUGAUUGUGGUAGCGUUGUGACCAGUAUUGAUAUUGAGGAGGAUGAAUCUAUCCAAACACGUAACCCAUUAUUGGAUUUUGUUUCUGAAAAAUUUUACAAACGUGUUGGAGAUGCCAACUUGAGUUUCAUUCCUUUAAAAUUGCGAAAUGAUGGAACAUGGUUUACUAUUGCAAAUUAUGAGCUAUUUCACACACCGUGUCAAAAUGACAAGAUUUUGCUGCAUUCAAUUGUGUGGUCCCAAAGAAGCUUUUUUCAAUAUUGUUUUUAUUUCUAUCCGGAGAUUUAUAUGGAAGGAAGUUUUUUCAAAGGCGAGAGUGCCAUGAACAAGUUGUUUUUAUCAUCCUCUCGUUCUGUAACAUUGAGUGACGAAGAAAUCGCACUGCAACCAGAAAAUGAUAACUUUGGAAGAAUUCGAAAGACGUGUCAAAAAUUGAAGAAAAUUGAAACUUCUGAAAAAUUUAUUCUAAGAUAUUUAGAUGACCAAUUUUUCCACAAUCCAGAGAUUGAGACCAUUCAAAAUCCUGUUCCAGAGGCCAUUGAUUAUGCAUUCAAUCAUCAAAUUGAGAGAUUUCUUUUCAAUAUUUGGUCCAACGGCUUCCUUCAAACAAAAGCCAUUCAGAAUUAUGUUUUUAGAUUAUUCAUUCACCUCGAUGCUCCAAGAUUUGAUUUUCACACUAUCAAAUUUCACGAUACAGCUGCUUCCUCUUGUCCUAAUAAGGAGGCCAUUUUGGGUGUGGAAGCAUGGAUUGAAGACUACCUUACCAAUCAAACUCCAGAAAACUCUGAGACGUUUUAUACCUUUGUAGAAGAGAAAGGAAAAUUAAGCGGCUAUAGCUGUGGUCAAUCCGAUCACUCCUAUGUGUACUAG